UCAAGUGCAUCGAACGUCCGACGACGUAACUUUAUUAAUAGCUUCCAGUAAGUUAACCAAGUUGGCCAAACGAUGGUAUGAGAUGCAAUCUGGUCAAGUUCUAGAGUCGUGGCCUGCGCUCAGACAAGCGCUGAUCCAGAUGUUCGAUCGUCGCAUCUCAUUCACGGCCCCGAUGCAGCGUAUUGAAGCUCGAAAAUGGAAUUCAUCGAAUGAAUCAUUCGAUCAAUAUGUGAUCGAUAAAUUGUCGUUAAUUCAUCGUUUGAACAUCCCUACGACCGACGCCGUCAAUCUUAUCAUUGGAGGUAUCCAGCAGCAUUCGCUGCGUGCAACAGCACUGACUCUGCCUACACAUUCGGUGGAUCAAUUGGAAGCAAUGAGAAGAAUUACCUUCGGGAUGAGUGAUAUUGAUAAGAAGAAUCAGCAUCCGAGCAAGGGUGACGCAAUAGGGACGGUCUCAAGGCAACCGACGGCAAAGCAACAAGGCACGAUGGUAAGCCGACGGAGAGUACGUGCAACUACUGCAAAAAGAAGGGCCAUUGGAAAGCGAAUUGCACGGCUUUGAAGAGAAAAGAGCAAACUACGUUGACAACUGCAUCUUCGGCUAAAGCAUCGUUCUCGUCGCAGCCAGCGAUGGUAGCGGUUGUGAAGCCCAAAAAUGAUAAGUUUUAUCUUUUUUCUCCUA